AUUAUUGUACGAAAUGGUUCAGUGUAAAUAGACGCAGCAUCAGGCGGGAUGAAACGAUUUCCGAGUUCUUUGUAGUGUGUUAUUUUGUCUUGUUCCGAUAAUAAACCUUGAAUGGAUUUUAAGGGAAAAGAGAAGUUUCAUUCCGUCAACUAUCUAACAGGGUUGGUUCAGUGUCUGAUCGGCAGGAACACGUUGCUCGAUUUGCAGAAUGAAACUACGGUAGCAGGAACGAUAGUUGACGUUGAUGGUUUCAUGAACGUUACCAUGGAAAACGCGGUUUUCAUCGAUCAACUUGGGCGGCAGUAUCUGUUGGAAAAUUUUGUGAUCUAUUCCAAGUAUAUACGUUACAUACAUAUCCCGAAAGAUAUAAACAUAAAAGCAUCCUUUGAGGAGUAUAUAAACACGAUGACGGGAAAGAAAACACCGGUCGAUAAAAAGCUCACAUUUAAGCAGAAACGUGCCGUGCUGAACAAUCUUGCAACGAUGGUUGAGAACAAUAUGGUGUGACCUUCAGAGAAAUUAUAUGGCACUGCAAAUAUUACAAGUUAAUCAUCCGUUUAUUACCAAUUCACCUAUGGUUAUGCUGUUUUGCAAAGGGCGGUGUCUGCGUAACAGAACAAUACUUUUUAUAUAAAGGGAAAAUACAUGCGUGUACGCAAAAAUA